AGAUGAAUCAAUCAUAUUCAACACAAUACAGAGAAAAUGUCAUCAAAAAUUUUAUGUUCAUCACCAAGCUACUAUUGCUUCAGCAGCCAAGGCAGUCGCAGAAAUACUCGAAAUCUAUCACACUUUCAUCCCCUCCCUUCAAUCGAACGUGCCGACAAACUUGAUCUCGCUCGUGUUUUCUUCAAGUCUACCGCUAAUUAUGGCAUCAUUUCAACAGCUAUUUUGAGGCCAAGCACACGCGGUACUGUAUAUGUCAAAGCUUCAGCUUCUCCAAACAAUAAUUCGUCUUCAUGGCCAAAAUGGGUGAUUGGAUUACUAGUCACAGUAAUUCUACCAGCUGUAGGAUACAAAGGAGGGCUAUUUGCACUCCUUAAAAGUAAGAUCGACAAAGCUGUGGAGGUAGUGGAAGAGGUGGCGGAGGUGGUGGAGGAGGUGGCAGAGCAGGCCGAGAAGCUCGUGGAGGAGGUGGAGGAGAAGCUUCCGGAUGAUUCGAAGCUGAGGGAGGCACUAGAGUCAUUCGAUGCACUAGCUAAAAAGGCAGCCAAUGAAGCUAAGAAGGCGGAAGAUGUUGUACACAAGGUGAAACUGGUCGAAGAAGAGUUGGAAGCAAGCUUGAUAAAAGCCGGUAAAGAUCAAGCCAAUGAAUAGACCCAAAAACGGUUCGAUAUAUAAAACGAUUUGAUAAUUCUUUUCCUUUUUAUUUAUGGUUAUCACUGGGUAUAAUGGUGAAUUAUUCUCCAAAUUUUAAACAAUAGUAUGAAACAAUUUUAACUUGUGCAAUAUCACAACAAAAUCCCAAUUCC